AUGUCUCUAUUUGUGUGGUGCUCAAGAAGAGUUGGCGCGCUCAGCAUCAUUGCGCUGACAGCUCUGUCUUUCUGGGUUGUUUCUCAAGAAGCCGGCGCUGAACGACCAUUUGGCCAGCUUUCGGAUAACAUGAGAGUUGAAGAAUCAAGUGUCACACCACUCCAGAAAUUAUCCGGAAUAGGGGCCAGGGUUUUUGCCUACUACAGUCUCCUUGUACACCUUCUGGUGUUUGUCUUUCCUGUAAGGGCUUGUUGGUCCGUCUGGACCAUCGCCAAGCUACUGAGAAGAGAUGCGCAGAGCAGGGCCAUCAUGGAAUAUAAAAGACGCAAUAGGCGCCGCCGGAUAUCUUUGACAUCUGAUUCUAGCUCGGAUACCGUCGUCUUCGACACGCCACCUUCGGACAGCACUGCUUGCUCACCGGCGGUAAGUGAGACGAGCGACUCUGACUUGGAAAACUACACCGACAGCACCGAUUAUUCAGAUCAUCUUGUGGCUCAUGCAGUUAUCAUUCCAAACUAUAAGGAGGAUAUGGAUACUUUGAGGGAGACUCUUGACGUUCUUGCAUCCCACUCGCAGGCUGAGUAUUCGUAUGAUGUCUACCUAGGAAUGGAACAGCGUGAACAUGAGGCAGAGUCAAAGGCUCUUCGGCUGAUUCAAGAUUUCGCCAAAAAGUUUCGAUCCAUAGACUUUACAAUGCACCCAGCCGACAUUCCAGGAGAGGCGGCAGGCAAAGGCAGCAACCUAGCAUAG